AUUUAAUGAAAACUCGUAUUUUAAUAAUUUAUUUUAUUAAUUAUUAUUAUUAAUUUCAAAAAACGGCAAGUGGUCAGUUGUUUCUUAUUAGUUGAUAAAAGGUGUCUAUCUAUCCAUAAAAUAAAGCCAGCCAAUACACCUCAAGAUGAAAUUGUUUGCAAUUAACAUCUUGUACAAAGGCACGAAUGGUAAGGUGAAGAAGCUGACAGGCUCCAGUGAACUCUCCUCUUUUGGCUUUUUCCAGAGAUCUAGUGCGCAAGAGUUCAUGGAUUUCACGAGCAAGAUAAUUGUUGAGAGGACGAACACGUCACAAAGGUCAUCUGUCAAAGAACAGGAGUAUGUUUGCCAUUUAUACGUUCGUGGGGACAGCUUGGCUGGUGUAGUCAUUUCAGAUGAUGAAUAUCCCAGUAGAGUUUCAUUCACCUUACUAAACAAGGUACUAGAUGAUUUCUCAGCAAAGUAUCCGGCCCACCAGUGGCCUGACGCUCAAGAAAACUCCCUGCCGUUCACAGAACUUGCAGAGUUUCUCCAGAAGUACCAGAAUCCCAAGGAGGCAGAUGCAAUGACGAGAAUACAAUCAGACCUUGAUGAAACAAAAAUCAUUCUUCACAACACCAUAGAGUCAGUCCUGGAAAGAGGUGAGAAGCUGGACGAUCUGGUGGCCAAAUCUGAAGGACUAACAUACCAGUCGAAGGCUUUCUACAAAACUGCCAAGAAAACUAAUUCCUGCUGUGUAUUAUUAUAAUGAAGGCAUCUAUUAUUAUUAUUUAUUAUCACUAUUAUGUGUUACUGUUAUUUUUUAUUCAUUUAUUAUUAUCUGUGUUUAUUUUUAUUUUUGCGAAAAAAAUUUAUUAUUUGUUGAUUUAUCAUUCAACUCUUGUAAUAAUUUCCAAACCGUACGAAGCCUGGAUGCUGAUGAUCAGAGAGUAGGUACCGUGUAAUCAAAUUGUUUAAUUUCAUUGUGAAUCGAUUUUUCAUCAAAUAAUACAUUUAUUACUUAUAAAAUUGAUUAAUUAAUUGAUCAAUUAAAUAAUUACAUUCAUGCGUUGAUUCAUUUAAUCUUGAUCAACUGGAUAAUAUUGAUUUAUUCCAUAAAUCACUCAAACAUACUCUGACAUGCGUGAAUUUAUUAAAUUGUUUUAAUUAAUUAAUUAAUAUAUAAUUAACACAUUAAUUGGGCAAUAUUAUUUAAUUGUUACAAUUAUUAUUUAUCAUUUUGUCAGUUAAUCAAAUUCGUCGCAUAUUGCCUGUCUAAUAAAUUUAUCAUCU